AGCCAAGCAAGCGACACAGGAGGAGAGCGCGCUGCGCGGUGCGGUUGAGCAGCCGUGUUGUAGGUUUUGAUCGCCCGUCUCCCGAUCGGUCAAAUCCCAUAUGUACUAGCUCUUGCCGGACGUUGUCUCGUGUCGCAUUUCGUUCAGGAAGGUAUCGCGAUACCCGGCGACUGACACCCGACAAUCCCUUCGAAAGGAAGCCCCGUAAAGAGAAAAGUAAAAGAGGUUUUCGCUCUAGGAGGGCUUGGCUGCUAGCGCUUCGAGCUCGGUAGGCGAGAGUGAAGCCGCGGCGAGCUUGUGAGCGAAGCUCGGGCCUUUUUUCUUUCGAGAGGCAAGCGCAGGGAAUGCAUUGUCGCGAUCCCGCACUGCUGUCGAUGCGUCGUGCUCAGCCCACAGGCCAGCCUGACAGGUUCGCAAAGCGUGUUGUGCUUCACCGAAAGCUGUUGCCGCUCGAUGACUUCGACGGGAGACUGCUGCUAAAACUCGACGAAACCGCCUGGCAGCCACUUCGAGAACCGCUGGUGUGCCCGCCCCUCCUCUGGUCCAGCGCGGCAGACAACGCUUCAGAUGCCCGCGGCAGCGCCGUCGUCGUAGUUGAGAUCUGAGCAGGCAUCGUGCCCGGAGGAGCGAAGUGCCGACACUACUAGCGAGCUCGGGAGGAGCGGCCGCAGAGAUGAUGGCGACGGCGGAAGAGCACGCGGAUCUGGAAUUGCACCCGCUGAGCAUCGACGACAUCCGGAGCAACCCCAACGCUCCGCGCGACUGUGACGACAAUGGACACGGCGAGACCAAUGGACCGGGCGCUCCCUCGGCCAUCUUCUCGGUGGCCAUGGGUCUCAAGCGCAAGAAGGUAGUCAGUGACCCCGUCCGAAGCCCACGCAAGAAGCUUGAAGAGGUUCCGCGGCCCCUGAGCCCGUCACAGCUGGCUGUCCUGAAGUGGAAGCGUGCGGCACGACAAGCGCUGCACAUGGAGGAUCCCUGGGCCAUGUUCCACCUGGAGCGGUUCAAGGCGGAGCGCGUGCGCCGCUACCGCUACAAUGCCCUCAACAAGGCCUGGCUCGAGGACGAGGCCCUGGUCAAGAUGGCCCCUGAUCCCUUUGGAAGAGGAGCCAUGCGAGAGUGCUUCCGAAUGAAGAAGUUGUCUAGCUUCGCGCCAGCUCAGAACUGGGCGCACGCAUUUAACUACGUGGCCAAGCGGUACCUGGAACCCGUGGACCGCAGCAUCUACUUUGACGACGUCCGGCUGCAGAUGGAUGCCAAGCUCUGGGCCGAGGAGUUCAACCGCCACAAUCCACCCAAGAAGGUGGACAUAUUCCAGGUGUCGAUCAUCGAAUUUGUGGAGCGGCCAGGUAGUCCGCUGUACCACAUGGAGCACUUCAUCGAAGGCAGUUACAUCAAGUACAACUCUAACUCCGGCUUCAUCAGCUCCCAGGCCACACGGCUCACCCCUCAUGCGUUCAGCCACUUCACCUUCGAGCGUUCGGGUCACGAGCUGCUUGUGGUGGACAUCCAGGGAGUGGGUGACCUCUACACAGACCCGCAGAUCCACACGGCGCAUGGCUCCGAAUAUGGCGACGGCAACCUGGGCGUACGCGGCAUGGCGCUCUUCUUCAGGUCUCACACCUGCAACUGCGUCUGCACGGGUCUCGGUCUCACCCCGUUUGACCUUGCGCCCAGCGAAAUGCUGGUCGGCACGCCGGCCUCUGCCAUUGCCCAAGGGGCCAAGACACGGCUGCGCGGACACGAAGAGCUGUGCGUUGGCAUGUCCGAGUACGAGCGGCAGCAUCUGGCAGAGGCCCUUGGUCUUCCGAGGCAGCGAAUCCGCACCUACAGCAGUCCCUGCUAUUCGUCGCCCGAAGCAGGCCACCGGGAUAACGAUGCCAUCCCGAUGCUGCAGCAACAGGACAGUGGCUUCCGCAGCCUUAGCAGCGGCAGCGAGGACACCCUGGAAGACUACUCCCACGACCUGGAGCUCGGCAGUGACUCCGAGGACACCGAGACCCUGCAGCACCAGAUCACCAACGGCCACCAGCACAUGAACGGCGACCGGGCAAGCGCCGUGCCUGCCCGCCUUCGGCGGCGUCAGCGCUACGACUCGGAGAGUAGCACCAUCGGAGAUGAGCACGAGCGCGCGGAGUUUCAGCGUCUGGUGGCGCAACGCGCCCGUCCUUCGUCGGUGUUGGAUGAAGUGAAGCUGCGGCAGCUGGUCCAGCAGCAGCAGGGACGGCCCCGGGACGAAUCGCAGCGCUCGGUGCUCGGGCAGAUCCACCUGGAGAUGGCCAAGUGCCACGAGAACGGCCGCUUUGGCGACACCACCCACCCGGAGGGCAAAUAUGACCAGGCCGCGGCCGUUUUUCACCUGGAGCAGGCGGCCCGUUGUGGCGUACUGGAGGCUUUACUUGUACUGGCCAAGGUUCACCUGGGGCUGCCCCACGAUCUUCUCGAGGACUGGACACUGCCGGAGUCUGAUGAGAACACAUCCAAAGGUGUGGAGUACCUGGAGCAGGCGGCCAGGGCCGGAGACAGGGGUUCCAUGAUUGCCCUGGCCAAGGCACUGGACACGGGCGAGGGCCUCGGCACUCAGAAACAACGCAACUGGCAGGAUGCUGUGCUGUGGUACAACAUGGCAGUGACCACGACCGACAACGAUGAAGGUGGCGAGUAUGAUGGCUGCAUGGACGACCCCCCGUACCUGUUGCUGGCGAGGCAGGCCGAGCUCUACCUGCAGGGAGGCUACAGCCUGGAGAGGGACCCAGCAAUGGCCGGGGAGCUGUACCAAGAAGCGGCGGCUGCCGCCACGGCCGCCAUGAAAGGGCGCCUGGCCAACAAAUACUUCCAGCUGGCCGAAGAAGCCCAACAGGAGGCGUGCUAAAGAGCUAGUCUCUCGCGACCAAACGCACAAGCACGUCGCGUCUCGUACCACCUGUCGCAUUAUGCGUCUCAUUCAGGAAUUUCACCCGGUGUGCCUCUCGUGCCACCAUGUUCAAUUCUCAAGUCACAUUUUGUUGUUUCUUGUUGUUGCCUUCUUUUGUUCUUUUCUUUCUUCUUUUUUUUUCUUUUUCUAGAUGUGCACCGGUACCGAAGCUUUCAUCUUUCGUUCCAGUGUGCCGGUUCCAAAGGAAUACGGCGUAAUGUUCCUCGUUGAUUCUGCCAUCGCUUCUAUCUUUUGCUGAACAGGCACUCGUGCUACGUUCUUUCGUUUUGAAAGUUCAAAGGUGUCCUGUCAAAGGAAGGGCGGAUACGAUUCUCUCUUGAAGGGAAAACACGAUUGUUGUGUUGUGAUUUAUAACUGGAAAGAGCCGCGUUGGCUAGCAGGAACAGCAAGUUUAUUUGCAGACUGCUGGCUUGGUUGCGUCUCUUUGUGGUAGCGCAUUUUGGUGCAAGCGUGCGUUCGGUACAUCGCUUGCACGUACCGUGCGUCGCUUGUAAGCGAGGGAAACGGAGGGCUUGUUAACGUUUCACUUCGUCUCUCCGUACUGAUACAUCUUGUUUUUCGUUGGCUACAGAUGUCGCCGUUUUGUUCUGAAGGCCUCUUCCGAGGACGUUUAUGGUCUCGCGCGCUUCAUUUGUUGUUUAUAGAUGAAGACUGGAUGAAUGUGCUACAGCCUCUUCAUUUUCUUUUUUUGGUGUGUUUACUUGUUACAAUGCGCUGUCAGCCAUUUGCCUCAGUCAAGCACAGCAUUUGGCAGCCCUGUGAUUAGUUGUGCUGGCAAAACCUAGCCGCCAAUCCUCGCUUGCAAGCCAUUUCUUUUUCCUUUGUUCUUUGUUACGUGGAGACGGGUGGGUUUGGUAGCACGUCUGCAUCUUGUUCGCCGUUAACCUCGUGUGUUUCCUUGUCCAAAGGUGAACUAAAUACCCUUUUCUGCAUGUGUGUGUACAAAGCAGCAAAAAAAAAAAAUGCAAAUUGAAGAUCUCUUCCCGGUGUGAUGUGGCAUAGUGGGUUUGAAAGGAGCCAACCACCUAAUAAUAUGUUUGGGUGAGGUUGAGUGUGGUCAUUGAUUGAUAACAAAGAGAGAGUGGUGAUGUGUGCUCGUAAACUAUUAACCGAACCAGUGAAUGUUGUUGAAUCGUGUAUAGUGUAACUUUUAUUUUAUUUUGAGUAACGCACAGUCCAUGUUCGCAAUCUUUAAAUGUGUUGGUAGUGGACUCCCCUUGAGGUAAAAUGUUAAAGGGACCUACCUAGCAAGCCUUUUUUUGCUUUUUCUUCAAGAAGUGUACUGAACAAAGGUCUCCUAAGCUGUCAACUAUUUCCUGGAACCACGCUUUCGAAGAGUUUAUCUGACAGGAGAGUCUGCUGUAGUUGUGAUGACCGCUAUGUGAUACAGAUCCAAGAUUAGUCACCAUAGAUUAGUCAAUCAAUGAGAUUGUUAGUUUAGGUUUAGUUUAGGGUGCGCACUUGUGCUUCGUUGUGUCGGUGCUAGUUCGUAGACGUUCUCGUACUGAAGGCACCUUAGUUGCCCGAGUACGUUUGAGCAUUGCCUGUAUUUCGAAAGCAAGGAAUAGCUUGCUUAUUAAAUGUUCAUAUCACUUUGCAAUCAGAAGUGCUCUACAGAUCGCCGCAUCACUUACACUUCGUAGAUGCUGUCGUAUCGCAAGUGAACGCUUUUCGUAACUCUUUGCCUUGUGACCAUGGGAUUCUAAGCGCAUUCAUUGAAUUAUAAACUGCUGUACUUUCAAGGUUGAGCAAUCCAACGCUUGCGAUGCUCAAACAUGCCCAGCGAAUUGCAGUGAACAAAAAGGCAUAUUUUUGGAUUUUCAAGAUUGUGUUUUUCUUGCUUGCAGCCCUGAAUGCAAGUGUGCUACUGUCUUGUUGGGUGAAAAUCAGAGUAAGGCGUCUUCUAGCAGAAAGUUUGUCGUGCCCGCAACACAACACAGCUCAGGUGCCAAAUGGUUACCGAUUUCGCUGUGCGACAUAACCAUGUAUUGCGGCUACUACAAAAGGCUGCUUGCAACAUAACAGAAAGACAAGCAGCUCCGGUUUUAGCCAUUUCCACCCGAGUUACCGAAGGAACAAUCUGAACUGUCGAGCGAGCGCUUGCAUCACGCUUGUAUGUUGGAAAUCGAAGUCUGCCAAGAAAACAAAACGUCUCUGCCCAAUUGUGAGAGCUGUCAUGCAGUGCUAUCGGGCAACAGUGUCAUGGUUUUAGGUAGGUUCUGCACAUUGAUGAUGGAACGAGGUCUUGCUGUAGAUAAGAGAUGAUCCGAGAUGGUCACUUGAGCAUGUGAACCUUCUUCCAAGUCCAUCAAGGGAAAGCAAGCUGCGUUAUUAACUUUCAUAGUGCACAAGGACUGGGAGGAACAGCAUGGACGCAGCGCUGUGUCAGUGUCGUCCCUUUUGGUUCUUGUGUGCUGUAAAAGUCAAUAUUUAUUGCCAACUUACCUGAGCAUAUGCUCUUUCAAGCCAUCCUGUCCCUGGCAGGUCGUCUUGAAGCUGUAACCGAAGCGCAUUUCAAAUCGCGCCACUCUGAAAUUAACCCUCGGACACUUUCAGCAUCGUGUAAUACCACCAUCAAAAUUUUGCGAUGUUGAAAUUACGAGCACCGAUCCGUCUGCAAGUAUGGCAGGAUUAUUAUGCGCUGCCACGCUGUCAUGUUUCUGUCAGCUAAAGGAAAAAGAAAACAUGCCUUCUUGUUUGACACUGCAUAUGCGUUCCAUCGGUAACUAGUGGUGCUCUGUGUGCGUGUUUGAUGUGCACUAUAUUUUUGCGAAACUCUUUGCGACGUGCGUAACGUAUCCAAGCUGUUGCGAUAGUCUAUACUUCGUUACGCCACCUCAUAGAUUCUAGUUUGUUAGAGAAUGAGUCUGUGAAUGUUCUUUGUGAUCACAGCUGUAUUUUUUCUGCGCCUCUGGUUACGGGUUCAAGCCCCCGAGAGCGUGUGCUUCUUUUGGGCUUUACAGGCGAGCCGGCCAAGCGUGAUGUCGGGACCGCGCUGUCCUCGGGCAUCGCUCGACCAAGGAUAUGCUUGCCAUUAUGUUGAGAUUGUUGUGUUGCUGUUAUUUCGCUUCCCACUUCACGCACAUAUUGUUCUCUACGUGUGUCAUACAACGUGCCAGAAUAAAGCAUGUUACUACGAGA